GCGGUGGCCAAGGACCGUCCAGUAAGUUUUACCUUAUCGUUAUUCUUCGAGUCUGAGAGUUUCAGUCAUCAUGUCUAACCGAGGCUCAAGGUCCGGCUCGUGGCUGUCUCGAAACUCAAGCCCGCCAACGACAUCCUCGCCCUCCAUGAGUCGCCGGUCCGCCAAUUGCAUUUUGGCGAGAAUUACUCGCAGGAGCUAAGCCAAAAAGCCGAGUUGCUGCCCAGGACCAUCCAAUGGCACUUUAUCGGUGGUCUCCAGUCGGGUAUGCGUUUGAGGUCCAAGAUCAAGAUCCCAAACCUCUGGUGCGUGUCUAGCGUCGACAACCUCAAGAAGGCACAGCUGCUCGAUAAGUACAGGGGCGAGAAAAUCAAGGACGAGCCCGAGACGCAAAAACUCAAUAUCCAUGUCCAGGUGAACACGUCUGGCGAGGAGUCUAAAUCCGGAUGCGCGCCGGGAGAAGAGCUCGUGUCACUCUGCCGGUCCAUCGUCAACGACUGCCCCAACCUGCACCUCCUCGGUCUCAUGACCAUUGGUGCCAUUGCCCGGAGUGUGGCUACCACGACAGAAAACGAGAACGAGGAUUUCAAGUUGUUGGUGGAGCAGAGGGAUUUGGUUGUUAAAGAACUGGGCUUGAACAGGGAGCUGGAGCUGAGCAUGGGGAUGAGCGAGGACUUUGAGGGGGCCAUUACCAUGGGCAGCGGGGAAGUGCGCGUCGGGAGUACCAUCUUCGGGCAGCGGCCGGCCAAGUCGGAGGCCAAGAUUCUAGCAUAAAUUUGGCGACGGGAUUCGCUUUAGGAUAUUGAGAGUAAGAAGAAGCACACCCACUGGCGAGCAGCGUAAUCUGGAGCUCUUGUUGAAUGAUUAAUGUACAUUACUCGUACAAAUUGGCUGAUUUAUGGUUGUUUGUGUGCUUGCUUAACCGCCGAAGUAAGAAGGGAUUUUGCACCCCAACGUCGCCCUGGUUUCUUUUUUUUCACGUUGUUAAGGGGCGGUGAGACACCACGCCUCCGGCUUUCGGACGGAUUCGAUAAUGUAACAGCAGGUGAGUGGGUGGGAGGGA